AUGGCGACGGCUCUAGACACGCUGUGCGGGCAAGCGUUCGGCGCGGGGCAGCACGGCCUCCUCUGCAUCUACACGCAGCGCACGAUGGUGGUGCUCGCGCUGGCCUGCGUCCCGAUCGUCGCCGUCUGGGCCAACGCCACCCGGAUCCUGGUGUUCCUCGGCCAGGACCGUGCCAUCGCGGCAGUGGCCGGCGAGUUCACCCGAUGGCUGAUCCCGUCGCUCGGGGCGUACGUGCCGCUGCUCUGCCACGUGCGCUUCCUGCAGGCGCAGAGCGUGGUGCUGCCCGUCACGGCUAGCUCCGUUGUCGCCGUGCUCUGCCACGUUCCGGUGUGCUGGGCCAUGGUGUACAAGACCGGCAUGGGGAGCAACGGUGCCGCGGUAAGCUACACUAUCUCCUGCGGUGUCAGCGUGGCCAUCUUGGCGCUGUACGUGAGGCUGUUCAGCAGGUGCGAGAACACAUGGACUGGGUUCUCCGUGCAGGCGUUCAAGGGUCUAGACCAGAUCGCCAAGCUCGCCCUGCCAUCGGCCAUGAUGAUCUGCCUGGAGUGGUGGUCAUUUGAAAUUCUUAUAUUUCUAUCUGGACUUCUACCUAAUCCAGAGCUUGAGACAUCGGUGCUGUCAAUAUGUGUUAACACCGGAUCUUUACUGUACAUGAUACCAUUGGGUCUUGCUUAUUCCAUAAGCACGGUCGUUGCAAACGAGCUCGGCUCUGGGAAGCCACAGCCAGCAAAGCUAGCUGCGCGAGUGGUCAUGUGCAUGGCCUUCACUGAAGGGCUUGUCAUAGCCUUGGCCAUGGUUUUUCUUCGACAUGUUUGGGGUUACAUGUACAGCGACAAGCAGCAAGUGGUGUCGUACAUUGCCAGAAUGCUACCUAUCCUCUCUAUAUCUUUCUUCAUGGAUGGACUCCACGGUUCUCUGUCAGGCGUGCUUACAGGCUGCGGCAAGCAGAAGAUUGGUGCAGGCGUAAAUCUGGGCGCGUUCUACUUGUUGGGCAUCCCAACGGCUGCCCUACUUGCCUUUGUCUUCCAUUUUAAUGGAACAGGACUUUGGCUUGGCGUAGUUUGUGGGAGCUUCAUGAAACUUGUGUUGCUUCUACGUAUCGCAUGGUGCAUAGAUUGGGAAAAGGAGGCACUCAAGGCAAAGGAUUUGGUCUGUAGUUCAUCUGUCGCUGGAGCAUGA